AUGACUGACACAGAGGCGCCUUCUCCUUUCUGCAUCAAGCUGGUAGCUACACAGAUGAAAAAAUUGUCUACCGAAAAGCCAGCUAUCAAAAUUAUCACUGAAAUCACUGACAAUAACGAUGAGAAUUCGCCUGCCACCAAUUCUCCGGAAGAUGUCGAACUUUUGACAUUUGUUGAAGUAUACGAGGAAUUGUGCAAGUUCAUCAAGAUGCUCGGAAAGAUUUUCGAGUUCGUUGAAAAAGAUGUUCGUGAAAAAAUUGAUCUUUUGAAAGAGCUGCAUGAAUCGAAUCCAGAGGGAUAUAAGACAGUGAUCACUAUGGUUCAUAGUGAAAAACCAAUUGAUAAGAAGGAGAAGGAGAGCGGAGCAAUUGCCAUUUUGCAUUUGAAUCGUGCUCUGGAAUUCAUCGUUGAAUUCAUGUAUGCCGCGGUGGCGGCGAGCAACGAGGAUAGUAUUCCGAAGAUCUGCAAGGAGUGUUACGAUGGAACACUGGCAAAACAUCAUCCAUGGAUUAUCCGUACUGCUGUGAAAGUCGCCGUCUACACUCUUCCAUCUCGUGAGAGAAUGCUUGAGUAUAUUCGUGGAUCGGCUCCAGACGAGUCAAUGAUUCGUGGUCAUAUCGAUGAUGUCGUUCAACAUGGAAAAUUGGUUCAUGCGAGAAUUAAUACGAUUUACACAAUUCAUGAGCUUCACAAGAUUGCUUAG